AUGAAGCUCUUGGUCCUGCUGGUUUGCAGCCUCCUGGUGUGGAGGGUGCAUGAGACGAGAUCGGAUGCUCCAGAAAAGUUGUCCCCGUUGGCUCCAGGAGCUCUCAGCACGAAGGAGACCUUCCUGGUGCUCUCACUGCACAACAAGUUGAGGAGCAAAGUGCAGCCCCCUGCUGCCAACAUGCAGAAGCUGGAGUGGAGCGAGGAGCUGGGGCGGCGGGCGGGGGCACGGGCAGCCAGCUGCCUGCAGGGCCCCGCUCCACCGCCAGCGCCACAGCUGGGCUGGAGCGAGCUGCUGCUGCCGGCGGGCACGGGUGGCUUCGGGGCCGUGCUGGAGCUCUGGUUCGCCGAGGGACAGCGCUAUGACUACAGGACGGGGCGCUGCGCCGGCAACGCCACCUGCCGCCACUACACCCAGCUGGUGUGGGCCACAGCGGGGCAGCUGGGCUGCGGCCGGCACCGCUGCCCCGGCCCCCACGGCCCCAGCGAGGCCUUCGCGUGCGCCUACUCGCCGGGGGGCAACUGGGAGGUGGCCGGGAUGCCCAUCCUGCCCUACAAGCAGGGACCCUGGUGCUCCCUCUGCACCGCUAGCCUCUCUGGCUGCUUCAAGUCCUGGGACCACAGCGGCGGGCUCUGUGAGGUGCCCAGGAACCCCUGUCGCAUGAGCUGCAGGAACAGUGGGCGCCUCGACAUGAGCAGCUGCCAGUGCACCUGUCCCCCCGGCUACACGGGCAAGUACUGCCAAGUGAGGUGCAGCGGGCAGUGCCUCCACGGGAGGUUCAGGAAGGAGGAGUGCUCCUGCCUCUGCGACGCGGGCUACGGAGGAGCUGAGUGCGGCACAAAGAUCCAUUUCCCCUUCCAUGCCUGUGAUGUGCGGAUAGACAGCGACUGCUUCAUGGUGUCCCCUGAAGCCGACACCUACUAUGGAGCCAAAAUUAAAUGCCAGGAGAAAGGAGCAAUGCUGGCCCAAAUAAGAAACCAGAAGGUUCAGGACAUUCUGGCUUUCUACCUCAGCCGCUUGGAGAUGGGUAACAGGGUGACAGACACCGAUUUUGAGACUGGAAACUUCUGGAUUGGUCUCACCUACAAGACAUCCAAGGCUUCCUUCCGCUGGGAUGUGGGUGAGCCAUCCUCGUUCACCAGCUUCGCUUUCGGGCAGCCAGACAACCAGGGGUUCGGGAACUGUGUGGAGAUGCAAGCAUCAGCUGCCUUCAACUGGAACGACCAGCGCUGCAAGACCCGAAACCGGUACAUCUGCCAGUUCGCCCAGGAACACAUCGCCCUGUGGCAGCGGGACCCCUGAGCUGGCAGCCCUGGGAACUUGCCAGCGCUGGCUGCUGUGCUGAACCUGGGGCUCAGGAGGAGCCUGGUGCUGUGCAAAGCCCGGGCCAUGGCUCAGGAGGAUCUCUGCACAGCUCACUUGUGCAGGGAAUGAGGGGCUGAGGGGACCCAUGGCACUGGGACCUGGCAAGAAGGGGUGUGCUGUAUGUUAGCAUCCCUGACACAGCAUCUUCUUCUGCCCCUCACCUUCCUUGGUCACUAUCACUCUGCAACACCCUUGGAAGGAGACAUCCCUUGCAACAGCCAGGUACAAAGGCAUCCUCCUCCAAAAUUGGCAGCUGGGCUGUGUCUGGACUGUGGUCUCAGUGUUACGAGGGGCCAAGGGGGCUCUUUGGGAGUGCAGACCUUGGCAUAGCUCAGGACCAGGCUCAGCUCUGAGCCAUUCUCCUGACCUGGGUGAGAAUGCCCCAGCCUGGUGGGUUUCUCACCAUCACCUGGUCCUUCAUCAUCUGCCUGGUCAUUAAUAAAGAUC